AUGGCUAAGACUUUUGAUUUUAAGCUAACUAUUUUUCCAAAGCUCGCGGAAGUCAAAUUGAGGGCAAAAAGAUUUCAGGAGAGGAGGAAGAUACACUCAACAAGGAAAGCAUAUGUGCGGUUUGCUAUGGCAUAUUUGGAGGUCGGAAAUCCAAGGUUGUUGAGGGGAGUUUUGCAACAGAAGGCAAUGUAUUCAGGGGUGUUGAGGGGUCUGGGGAAUGAUGUUGAGGAGACUCUGGUUCAUGUUCUCUCAAUAUUCUGCGAUAGAGUGCUAGUGCCUGAGUCGUCAGUGCUUCCGGGGCUUAGGAGUGUGUUGUUCGGUAGUGUUACUCUGGAACAGGUGGUUAGCAUUUCAGGGAGGGCUGAUUUUGGGGAUGCUGCGGCCCUUGCUCACAAUGUGUUGAUUAAUGCAACUGAGGUCGAGUACCGUAAGGAUCUGCUUCUGGCUAUUGUGAAUGGAAGGCCUUUGCUUGGUUCUGCGUAUUUGGACGAGUUCCAUUUCAACCUUGAAGAUCUCACAUCACCUAACUGGUCUGCUGCAGUUUCUUUGGCUGUUUCGUCAGUGAGUGAUGGGCUUGCUUUUGGUUUUGUUGAUUCUCGAGAGCCACCUACCUUUGAAAGUCCAUAUGUGCAAAGUAUAAUAAAAUGUAUAACCCCACGACCUUUCGCUAGAUUAGUAAUAAAUAAAGGGUUACUUCACUCUGAUUUAAAACAUGGAACUUUGUUUGAUGCUUGUACUGGAGGAAUUAAAGUUGUUGGAGUCUUAAAUGAAUUCUCUGGAGACAUGUUAUUCAAAGAAUCAAAUGCUGCACAGGUGGAAAGCUCUAAAGCAAGACAUUCAGAACGAAGGGUUGUGGAUUCCAGUGAUGAGCAUCAGUCAAGCAAUGGAAUUGAUUUUGUGAAGACUAUUGGAGAUAUUUGGGGUUUGCGUCAAUGCGCCUUAAUGGACAUGGCUCUAGAAGAAGGGGAAAUAUAUGUUUACUCCAAGCUGCUCGAUGUACUUCAAAUCUAUCUCUUCAGCAAGGAUAUCGCUAAAGUGAAGGACGACCAGGAGUGGGAGAUUAUUGAGACGAGAAAAGCACUAUCAAGAACAGGACCUGUGGAUGCCUACAAGCCCAAAAAGAUUUCACUGGAGGAAGAGCUGAAGACUUUGCAGCUGAAGGUUGAUAUAGAUAAUUAUGAAUACAAGAAAAUACCGAAGCCUAACUAG